GCAUAAAGCCCUCUUGAACAUGCAUCUAUUGGGUGCCUUUCAUGGCUCUGCAGAAGUAUUGACAAAAAAAGGACAAAUCAUCUUCUAAAAGGCCUCUAAUCAAGACGGUUAUUUCAGCAGCGGCAAGUGAAGCAUCAAGCAAACAUUCCCACAAAGCUCAAAAAGAAAGAAGACACAACUGGAUGGACACAGCUCAAAAGAUCAGCAAUCUCAUCUUAACCACUUUAACAGACUGUAACUCCUGAGACAAACACUCACAGAAAAAUAUUGAUUGGAUGCUCCGUGUGUAAACAACAGAGGAGAUGCAGAUGUGGCCACAUGGCUGGAGAUCAUGAGUGAGCUACGCCAAAAUCACGAGCCCGGUGUUGAAACCGAGACACGUGUAUGUGAAGAAGACAUUUUUGGCUAAAGAGGCUGCAGGGAGCUGCUUGUUGCCAGGGCAAUUCCUGUGUGUUUCCUUAAACCUGACCUUUGCUCAAUUGAUUGCCACAGCAAUUAGCCACACUUUGUCAGCUGAGAAAACCCAGCCGCCUCCAUAUUAGAUCAGACUCAACUGUCUUAUUAUUGUGAGCCUUGUUAAUUAUGGCACCUCAGAUUAGCUUUAUUUCUUAGACUUUUAUUAAAAAUAUAUUUUCGUUUUAGUCCAAUUUUAAUUUUAGUUUGAUGUAAUCAACAAAAACAAACAACGGUUUUUCAUCGCUUUUGCCUGUAAAUCAGUCUUGUGUUUGUGGGACAUUUUUGUCUGCCUCACAUUUUACGGCAAAAGAAGGCCCAAAUAAUCUUUUUUAAACUGUCUGGCUGUCUGAAUAGAACCCACUCUCUUUCAGAAGCUGGAAACGUUUUCAUGUAGAUGGUUGAUGAUCAGCAUUAAUCUUGAAACUUUAUGUUGCUCAUUACUUUUAACAGCAACACAAAAUAUCUGAAAGUAACAUUAAUGUUCCGUCCAAAUUCCAGCACUUAAUAAUGCACUUUCAUUGUAUAUCUCAGCUAUGUUUCCACAAAAUUGCAGAUGAAUUUAGUUUGAAUUUUUUUUUUUAUUCUGAGAAGCAACAACAUCUCUAAUAUCAGUAAAUUCAAAAUGCUCCUGUUAACAUUAUUAAUGACAGUGCAGUAAAAUCAGUCACUGAACAGGGGAUGUUUUGGGCUGUUCAAGAUACUGUUUUACUCAUCAGCAGUUAAGAGUUUUAAUUUCUUAUAAAAUUUUUUGUCAGUGAUAAAAAUUGUGCUACAUGUCUUUAUAGUUCUUCUUUUCAUUGCUUCAGAAGUUUAUGGAUUUCCAUCUAGUUUUUUUUAGGUUGUCAAAAAAUAUUUUUAAUCAUAGUUUUAAAAAAUUACCACUUACUAGAAGUACGAGAAUUUAGAUUUGGUAUAGUCAAGCUACAUAACAAAGACUGAAUCUUGGGCAGUCUGAAAUUUAAGCUCAAUUUGCCAGACAGUCUGGUUUAACGCUGAGGACGAGACUGCAACAUCUCAUGAAAUUUGUGAUUCUCAGCAUUUUGAGAUCAUCAGAGUACUGGUGUUUCUUUGGCAUCAGCACAUAGCUAUUUAGAGUUUUAAUGUUGUAUUCAACAUUAAAAAUAGUUCAAAAAUGUUUUUCGUCAGUCUUUGUUGACAUCAUUAACGGACGUGAAGAUUCAAGGUAAUUUUUCCAUUUAUAUUAUAUUGAUAUUCAAAGUGCACAGCUAAGAUUAAAGCUCAACACAACCUUUAAAUUCAAGUGUUUAAGUUUGGUUUAACAGAAAAGGCUGUUAUGACACUGAUGUCCAUGUAGCUGUAGUUUCCAUGUCAUUUUAUUUAGCAUUUAAUCGAAAGCCAUUCUUACUAUGAAUGCUACCUCAAAGAACCAGUCAGACUGCCCUGAGGUGCAGGUCCCCGUCCCUGUCUUCUUCACCUUUGGAGUAGUGAGCCUGACUGAGAACCUGCUGGUUGUGGUGGCCAUCAUACGGAACAGGAACCUCCACUCCCCCAUGUACUGCUUCAUCUGCAGCCUGGCGGCCUUCAACACCAUCGCCAGCCUCUCCAAAACCUGGGAGACACUGAUGAUCACCUUUGCUGAAGUGGGACAGCUGGAGAAGACAGGGUUUUCUGAGACCAAACUGGACGAUGUGAUGGACUGCCUGCUGUGCAUGUCGUUUGUGGGCUCCUUUUUCAGUUUCCUGGCCAUUGCUGUAGACCGUUACAUCACCAUAUUUUAUGCUCUCCGAUACCACAACAUCAUGACAAUGAGUCGCACUGGGGCCAUCCUGGGGCUGAUCUGGAUAACAUGCGGGGUGUUGGCUGUGCUGUUGGUGAAGUUCUUCGACUUCAAGGCCAUCAUGAUCUGCUUCGUCGUCUUCUUCAUCAUCUCCUUGGUGAUUCUUUGCUUACUCUACAUCUACAUGUUCAUGUUGGCCCUCAUCCACGCCAGGAAGAUCGCAGCCCUCACUGCCGGCGAGGGGGGCAAGUGUCGGCAUCAUCGGAGGUGGGGCAACAACAUGAGAGGAGCCCUGACUCUCACCAUCCUGUCGGGAGUGUUCGUGGUGUGUUGGGCUCCAUUUUUCCUUCACCUCAUCAUCAUGACGGUGUGCCCCAUGAACCCGUACUGCGAGUGUUACCGCUCGCUGUUCCAGCUGCAUGUGGUGCUGCUGAUGAGCCACGCCCUCAUCGACCCCGCCAUCUACGCCUUCCGCAGCACCGAGCUCAGGCACACUUUCAGGAAGAUGCUGUUUUGUUCAGACUGGAAGCUGUGUUCAUAAAGAAAAUCUAUUCACACCUUUAAUUAGAUGACUCAGAAUAACGCCGAUCAAGACUAGUUUACAAUCACUCAUUGAAAUUCAUUGGUUUGCACAUGACAACACCUGGUAUCUGAAGUUGGCUACAUCAAGGCUACUGCCAGCAGUUCAUUGAUCAUCUUUUAUGUUUGACUGAGCAGAUGUGACACUGUAAGUGAAAGUUAUUUUUCAUUAGAUAACUACCAUCUGUUUAUUUAUCUUCCUUGCUGACUAUUUAACCACCCAUUUCACUUCUAUCCUCUUUUUUAUGGGACUUGGAUGCUGUCAAUCCCUUCAAACAAUUUGAAAUUACUUAUACCAACCACAUUCCCAUAGCAAAUAUAUUUUCUAAAACACACACAUUUCCCUCAUUGUUUCAUCAUUUCACCAUCAUUAUCAAUUACUUCAAUCAUAAUCAUUGUUUUGUCUUCAAAAUGAGUGACGUGACUUCCACUAUUACCAUGGUGUUACAAAAAUGGACAAUAUCAGAAAAACAUCUCUCAGUUUUAUCAUUUGCUUUUAUUCAGACACUUUUAAAUAAAAUAAUACACCUUAAACCACGUAGCCAACACAAACAUCUGUCAUUUCAAGCGGCGCUCACAUUUAAAUUCCUUCAUAGCACCACUUGAUUAGCUGAGACGGGUCCCCACAGCUUGUAAUAUCCUCUCACUGCACAUACACAAAUUAUUUAGCAUGCAAUCAGCAGUCAUGAUGGGGACUUAAUCUCUGUCCAGUGUAACAUCACAUGCAGUGUUUAGUGCUGCUGUUUCUGUGGGAACAAGAACUGAGUACUGUACAGUCAGUAACAGUGAAUCAUUUUGCAUAAUUGCACAGAUAUGUUGUGUUGGCGGUGAAUGCACAGUGAACAAAUGUGACGUCUUCUCUUCAUUAAAUAAAGGAAAACAAAUACAUUCAAUGUAUAUCAACCAGCUUGAACAAAAGUACUUUUCCUUGCUUUGUACAUUUGUGAGCAUAUUCAUAUGCUCUUCUUUUGAUUUCACUUAUUCAAAGACUUCACAUUAAACUUUAAAGGAAGCCACAAUAAGGCAAUUACAACACAGAACAGAGAAUAGCUUCCUUUGAACACAGUUUUCUUUAUGUUUGCUGUACAGACAUCUCUAUGUGCAUAAAGCCUGAGAACACCAACAAUACAAAUGGCUUGCUCUUGCUUGUGCAAUAAAUAUGAACUCGUUUUUUGUUUUUUUUGUAAGCAUCUACCAUGCAGCAGUGAUGUGUCGCAUUCUGUAUGAAAAGGCUGUUCCAGUGGACGACUGCAUGUUGCAAUAAAAAUCUGUCAGACAUCUCAGUUGGGAGGAAGGCACCACCAACACACACUUACAGAGAGCACUAUGUAGCAAUUUGUACAUUCAUUUAUACAUUUUGUACAUGAACUCAUGGCAUCUUUACAUAAUUUAAUACAGAUUAGGCAGGGAGGCAAUAUAACGAGACCACAUGGACAGAAUAGAGAGCGUGACUUCACAUUCAAAUCAGAGCAGAACCUGCUGUGCUACUGAACACUGGCAGAUUUGAGGAAGCUGCUUGUUUACUGUAGCAAUAAUGCAGCAGCAGGGCACACAGAAAAUUGGCUGAGGAUGCCGUCAGAAAGUUCAGCAAGCAGACAACUUUUCCCUGCUGACAAUUACAAACAAGAUAAUGUACAGCAUGUCUGAGGCCAUAGACAAAUAAUGGUUUCUCAGGUUGCUUGAGGUAUAAACACAUGAUCCACUGCUUCAGUCAGACAAUUAGAUAAAUCUGUUGAAAGAUAACCAGCUUGGAUUAGAUAAAACUUGGAUCACAUAUUAUGAGGAAAAGACCUUGGAGAUGCGGAGGCUGGUGUUCUUUUCUGUCUUCUUUUAUUCUACACAGAAUUGUAUUUUUGUGCUUGUUUGUCUGUGCUCAUUUACUUGCUAUAUAACAGUGGCUGUAAUGUGAGAGGCAGUCUCAGGCAGUUUGUCAUUUUGGUUUUCUGAAAGAAAACAAACCUAAAGGUGGGCAGAAAUGUUCCAAGAAUUGUUGAUUAGUUGCACAGAUUUUUAAGUCUCUGACAGAAAGGGGCAUAAACAGCAAUAACAACACAAAUACAACUGACAACAUGCUGAAUAUCGUGGAGGUAGGUGACCUCACAUUUCCAGAAGCAUUUGCAGUGUGUUGUACUAAAACACCCAUGAAUGACUCUCACAGUAAUGUUUUGGGCAGCUAUGGAGUAUUGGAUGCCAACAUAGUAGUGUUGUGAUCGUUCUUUCAGCUGCUGAAAGUGGUUGUUUAUUCACAGAUAGAGUCCAGCUGCUUUUAAGCUGCACUGCUUUACAUUCAAGGAUUAUAUACAGCUGGGGAUAAAGCAAAUGAGCUGUACUAUUACCCACCAUCCCUCUCUGUCAUCCUGCUGUAAUUCUUUAGAACAAAUAGUUAACUUUCCUUCCUUUAUUUUUCCAGCUUGGUGUGACACUGGCUGCAUCCCUUCUCCAUUAUCCUUUUCUCUCAGGGCUUCAUUGUGAUCUUGUUUCAUCCCAGUUGGCAAUCCCGUCAAACAUCUGUCCAACACCCAAAUCAUAUUUAUAACCAUUUCAGAAUUCACAGUGUGUCCUUGCCUUGAGCACAAUUUUCUUGUUCACAGAACAACAUAAUUUGUCUGUGACUCCCAAAACAAUGGAUAGUGUUUCACAUGACCAUAUUCUGACCUGCCACUGUGAUGGUCGAGGUUUGUUUAGGUUUAGGCACAAAAACUCAGAUAUUAGCCAAAGAUCAUGGCCAUAGUUAUGAGGAAAACAACACUGGAAAAUACAGCAGCAGACAAACAGCAAUUUUCCAUGCUAAAGUUGCAUGUUGAAGUUUUUUUUUUUUU